CCAUAGAUUGGGAAAUUCAGUUCAGUUCGUUGAGUUCCGGAAGAGUUGGCGGUCAGACCAAAAUGAGAGUUCAGCAAUGCGCCUUCCUCGUGGUAAUGUUUUUGGCCUGCCUGGCCGAAAUCCGAGGAUUUUCGAUGGAGGAGAAGUGCAAACUCUGGGCUGGAGAAGGUUACAUUGGAGACCCAAGUGAUUGCCAUGCGUGGGGUUUUUGCCAGGACAACAAACUUACAGCUCGACGCAGCUGCAGCGAUGGAUUGCUGUACAAUUUCCGGGAUGGAACCUGCAAGACGGCAUCGGAGGCGAUGUGUCAUCCACAGCUGUCGGAGAUUUGUGCCAACUUUCAGCCAGGCGACUAUGUGGCCGAUCCAGCUGAUUGUCGGAGAUUUGUCAAGUGCGAGGACAUCAAUAAUCCCAUUUGGAGCGACUGUGAUGAGGGUCAGGUGUUCAGUAACCAGCGGCAACUAUGUCUGGAGGAGAUCUCCGGUUGUCCGCAGGACAAUAUCUGCUCUUAUAUGAAAGAUGGCAUCUUAGUAGGAGACAUCAAUACCUGUCGUAGUUAUUAUAAAUGCCACAAUGGAUUCGGCAUCCACUUAAACUGCUCUGGUGGUAGAUACUUCAACCGAAAAACGGGUAGUUGCCAACCCUGGCUACCCGAUCACUGCUACAAUGAUGAGGAGAUUCCCCCGGUGACGCCAAUCGCCAAGAAUUCCCAUAUGUGCUCCAAGUACUACCAAGAGGAUCUAUCUGGAGUGCAGCUCAUUCCGGACAUGAUGACCUGCUACGGCUACUACGCCUGCACCUCCCAGUACGACGUGGGCCAGUGGAGCAGUUGUCCCUGGGGACAGCACUUCGAGUGGUGGAGCCAGCGCUGUGGUUCGCCGAAGGACAAUAGCUGCUCCUACGAUCGCUGCGGCAAUAUGAACCAGCUAAUGGUGACCACCAUCAAUACGGGCUGUCGGCAGUACACGGUCUGUCACGAUUCGCGCUCGAAGAGAUCGGAGAAGUGCCCCGAAGACUUUCCUUACUUUAACGAAAUUUCCCAACAAUGCACCAACGAAUUUCCCAAUCACAGGGUGUGCUACAUGGAAGGAUAGAAAGUAUGAAAAAUUUAUGGAUUUUGUAUAUGUGAUUUUACUCUAAUAUGCAUCUAUUAAAUGCUGGAAAACAGUGAACUUAGUGGAAUGACAAAUAAUAAAUUGGAUUUAAAUAUGCAACAGGGUUUUGCGUCGAGUAGUUUCAAAUAUUUAACAUUUUAAAGAUCUAUCACUCGUUUUGAAUACAACUAUUUUAUUUUAGAUUUAAAUAUUUAACAUUUUAUCAUUUAUCAUUUCUAUCAAUCAAUCUA